AUGGCUACUCAUAAAUCAGCCACACUACUGAUCCUCCUGAUAGCAAUGACGGUCGCAUGUGCCACCUCCAUGAACAACCACCUGAUUGCUGGUCCAGGCCCCCGUGAGAGCAUAUUGGAUGCUGACGCAUCGAUGAUCUUUGAGUCAUGGAUGGUCAAACAUGGGAAAGUGUACGACUCCGUCGGAGAGAAGGAACGCCGUUUGACCAUUUUCAUAGACAACCUGCGUUUCAUCAAUAACCGAAACACCGAGAAUCUCGGUUAUCGGCUUGGUUUGACCCGGUUUGCGGAUUUAUCAAUCCAUGAGUACGGAGAANUUUGUCACGGGGCUGAUCCUAGACCACCUAGGAACCACGUGUUCAUGACUAGCAGCGACCGAUACAAGACGAGUGCUGGUGAUGUGCUUCCUAAGUCCGUUGACUGGAGGAAUGAAGGCGCAAUGNCUGAAGUCAAAGAUCAAGGCCAUUGCAGGAGUUGUUGGGCUUUCUCAACGGUGGGAGCAGUGGAAGGCUUAAACAAGAUUGUGACAGGAGAGUUAGUCACUUUGUCUGAGCAAGACUUGAUCAAUUGUAACAAAGACAACAAUGGUUGUGGCGGAGGCAAAGUCGAGACCGCUUAUGAAUUCAUAGUUAAGAAUGGUGGUCUUGGUACCGACAAAGAUUAUCCUUACAAGGCUAGUAAUGGUGUUUGCAAUGACCGCCUCAAGGAAAACACCAAGAAUGUUAUGAUUGAUGGGUACGAGAAUUUGCCCGCAAACGACGAACUUGCUUUGCUGAAAGCAGUCGCUCACCAGCCUGUGACUGUUGUCAUCGAUUCUAGCGGCCGAGAAUUUCAGCUUUACGAGUCGGGAGUGUUUGAUGGAACAUGUGGAACAAACCUAAACCACGGAGUUGUUGUGGUCGGAUAUGGAACCGAGAAUGGCCGUGACUAUUGGAUCGUGAGAAACUCGUGGGGAAACACUUGGGGUGAUGCUGGAUACAUGAAGAUGGCUCGCAAUAUUGCCAACCCAAGAGGCUUAUGUGGCAUCGCAAUGCGAGCUUCAUACCCUCUUAUGAACUCACCUUUUAUCAAUAAUCCGGUCAUUGCCAUUGCCUGA